CCUUCCACCCUCUGCCUUUGGCUGGCAGGUCAGAGCUACCCGGCUCCAUUGGGGAUGAAGAUGAGACGCCAUAAGCUCUUUCUGACUCUCUGCAUGGCUGGUCUCUGCCUCAUCUCCUUCUUGCACUUCCUCAAGGCCCUUUCCUAUGUCACCUUCCCCCGGGAGCUGGCUUCGCUUAGUCCCAACCUCGUCUCCAGCUUCUUCUGGAACAAUGCCCCUGUCACACCUCAGGUCAGCCCUGAGCCAGGGGGUGCAGAGUUCCUCCGCACACCCCUGUAUUCCCACUCCCCCUUGCUCCAGCCCCUGCCUCCCAGCAGAGCCAGCGAAGAGCUGCACAAAGUCGAGUUUGUGCUGCCGGAAGACACAACAGAAUAUUUUGUCCGUACCAAAGCCGGCGGCGUUUGCUUUAAACCAGGCACCAAGGUGUUGGAGAAGCCACCCGUGGCAGGGCCGCCGGAGGAGCGAGCAGAUGGUGUGGCCUCGGGGCGGCUGGCUCGCAAGCCGCUGAGCGCCAGUGGGACCAAGCGGCGCAAGUGGGUGGAGUGCGUGUGCUUGCCAGGCUGGCACGGCCCCAGCUGCGGCGUCCCCACUGUGGUCCAGUACUCCAACCUGCCCACCAAGGACCGCCUCGUGCCGCGGGAGAUCCCCCGGCGGGUCAUCAACGCUAUCAACGUCAACCAUGAGUUUGACCUGCUGGACGUCCGCUUCCACGAGCUGGGAGACGUGGUGGACGCCUUCGUGGUGUGCGAGUCGAACUUCACGGCCUACGGAGAGCCGCGGCCCCUCAAGUUCCGCGAGAUGCUCCUCAACGGCUCCUUUGACUACAUCCGCCACAAGGUACUCUACGUCUUCCUGGACCACUUCCCCCCCGGUGGCCGCCAGGAUGGCUGGAUUGCUGAUGAUUACCUGCGCACCUUUCUCACCCGGGAUGGCAUCUCUCGCCUCCGCAAUCUGCGCCCAGACGAUGUCUUCAUCAUCGAUGAUGCCGAUGAGAUCCCAGCCCGUGACGGCGUGCUGUUCCUCAAGCUCUACGAUGGCUGGACGGAGCCCUUCGCCUUUCACAUGCGCAAGUCGCUCUACGGCUUCUUCUGGAAGCAACCAGGCACCUUGGAGGUGGUCUCGGGCUGCACCAUGGGGAUGCUCCAGGCUGUCUAUGCUACCGAUGGGAUCCGUCUGCGACGCCGCGAGUACUACACUAUGCCUGGCUUUCGGCAGUAUGAGAACAGCACAGGACACAUCCUGGUGCAGUGGUCACUGGGCAGUCCCCUCCACUUUGCUGGCUGGCACUGCUCCUGGUGUUUCACCCCAGAGGGGAUCUACUUCAAACUGGUGUCAGCCCAGAACGGGGACUUCCCCCGCUGGGGUGACUAUGAGGAUAAAAAAGACCUCAAUUAUAUCCGGGAGCUGAUCCGGACUGGUGGCUGGUUCGAUGGUACUACGCAGGAGUAUCCCCCCGCCGACCCCAAGGAGCAGAUGUACGCUCCCAAGUACCUGCUCAAGAACUACCAGCGAUUCCGCUACUUGUUAGAGAACCCCUACCGAAAAGCGGAGGGUGCUGGGUGAGGCCACUGGGGCUUGCGUGGGAAAUCAGAACUUCACAACAAAGGGAAAAAGUCGGGUGUUUUCUUCUGUUCCUUUCUUUUUUUGUUUUCUCUGGUUCUGGGUGGGGUGUGCCAUUUCUCCACGGUCUCUGCCCUCUCUCCCUUCCUUCUCUUCUUCCCUUCAUCCCAGGGUGACCCUGGGGACACGAAUUCCUCAGUCAUGUGAAGGGCAGGAGGAGGAGAGAUGUUGGGGACCUACUCUGGCAGUAGCAUAAAGACUUUCCUGCAUCUCCCGGACCUCUCCUGCUGGCUGGAGAGAAUCUCUGCAGCCAGCUGGUGGAUUUUCCUCCGGGGGAGGCUGGGAGGGUCCCAUGAGGAGAGAGGGCAGCUGUUCCUGUCCACCCUUGUCCUUUGUGGAUCGGAGCAAGCACAGAUGCAAGCCUGGGUUCAGUGAGCGUGUGAGUCAGCAGGCACAAACCAAUGUGAGUGGUCACGUGUGCAGAUGUGUGUCAGGCAUUUUUUGGAUGAGUGAAUGUGCAAAAGCAUCUUGGUAUGCGUUUAUUUUUUUGUAUACCUCUAUAUUCAAAGAGUAUUUUGGGGAAGGGAAAUCCUUUUUCCAACGUGUUCUCCCCAAGGUGCAGCCUCCUCCCGCAGGCUUAAAGCAUCUGUCCUGGGCUGCAUCUUGGCCUGAUGCUCUACCAGUCCUGGAGCAGGCAUAUGGGAAGCAGAGGAGAAAGCUGAUUUUUUUAUUUUAUUUUUUUAACUUCUUUUUCACCCCUGCCCCCACGACACUGCACUGGCUUGGCCCACAGAAGCUGAAGCAUCUUUCCUGCAGUACGUGCUUCUAUUGGGGCUGGGAUAAGCUGCAGGGGACUUAAUCAGAUGGUGGGAGUGUAUGUUUACAAGUGCAUGGUUUCCUAUGUGCAUGAGUGCUAACAUGCAUGGUUUUGGUAUGCACGUGGGCGUUCGUUACCAGUAUUGGGGGGGAAGGGGACAUAGAUGGGUUUAGGGGUGUGUGCUUUCAGGAAAUGGUGGGAUCCAGAAGCUGUGAUCUCUCUCUCAGCAUGGAUGACUUUUUGGGGAAUUCAUAGGAGAGGGCCAGGGAGAGCAUUGGCUCUGCAUAGCAGUGCUACACACGUGAGACUGUUGCAUGCCUCUCUGGCUGCCUCUGCAACCCUGUGGGCUGUGCCUGUUGCAGGGUUGCUGCUUACACGUGCUGGCUAUUUCUUCUUGCCAUGGGGUAAAAGGGAGAGGAGAAGGGCAAAGCUCUGAGUCAGCAAUGGGUGUUGUGGGGAAACACAAAGCCUAUCAAGGCACAGGAUCCAUCUGUCUGCUCUUAGGGUGUGAGGGAGCUCGUGGAGAAUGGGCAUGGGCAUGGGCAGACUCCCCCUGGGGCCAAGAGACUGUUUUGGGACCAUCAUGCGAUCCAGAGAGCAUGUGCAGCCCACACAUGCAGCCUGGGCCAUGCAGACAAGACCAUGCAGAGGAGAGGGGAUCUAGGAGGACACUAGUUGCAGCUGGUUGGGCCAGUGUCUGCUCAGUUUGCCAGUGAUGGGUAGUCAGGAUCUGGCCUGUCAUUGUAUUGGAUUGAUUCAGCUCACUGGGGAGGCAGACCCAUGUCUCCACACUCUUCCUUAGUAGAUGGCUUGACGAGGUGCCCCUGCCUGGGCAGGGGGUGAAAAACAUGAUAAACUUGUUCUGUUAGCCUUGUAGUGGAAAGACCGGCUCAUGUUCCAAGCAUAUGGAGGAGGAGGAGGAGGAGGAGGAAAAUGUUGGCAUAAGGAAGAGUGACCCUGACAUAAGGCCAGCUGUGCUGAAGCAGGAGGGUUUCCAUUGCUGUUAACUCACUCCAUCAGAGCUCCAUAUUCCUGUGUUGUCCAGCCCAUUCCCACCCUUGUGCCUCAUUCCUAUCUCUGUAUCUCUCUUUUGCCUCCUAUUCCCCUCUCUAGAGAAGUGAAAAACAUCAACAAAAAUAACUUGAUUGCCUAAUAAGACUGAGACUGGAACAGAAUGAAGAUGAACAUCUUUUUCUGAUCAAACUGAGAUGGAGUUCCUCUUAGCUCCUUCCAUAUCUCCUGUGCCACAAUGCCUGCUUAGAACAACUGAAGGAGCCUCUUUUUUUGUUGUUGUUCUUGUUUGUUUUUUAAAUCACUGUUCUCGCUUCUGCUGUGUCUUUCCCACAGGUAGAAAAGCCCCUUUGGGAACUGCGUGGAGGGAGAAGCUUUGGCAGGCAGAAUGCUCUUCCCCCAAAGGGGAGCUGUGGCUCUUCUAAGUCCAGACUUGUUGAUGCAGGAGGAGGGAGUCUUGUCACAGUCACGGGGUCCUUGUGCCAAGCGGCUGCAUGGAGGUCUUGGGUGUAGGGAGAUUAUAGAGAAAUGGGGACCCAGCUGAGAAAGGAGGAGCCUGCGUUGAGCAAGAUGAGAGCAGUCGCACUAAGGCUGCAGCAUGAGGGGAACAUGCUUUCCCCAGGGGCAGCUGGAGGAGGGCAGGUGUGUUAGCUCGUGGGAUUCAGUAGCAGAAAAGUAUGGAAAGAAGCAGCUGUUUCUCAUUUUUACUCUUGGAAGGGAGCCUGAGAUCUACUCUCAGACCUUUGGCUUUGCCUUAUCUCAGUGACAACAACACAAGCCCAGUGCCAGGCCUUGCUGAAGACAGGAGACAAGUCAGUCUUUGCAUGGGUGCUCUGGCAGCACCAGAGCCCUGUGAAGCAGGGGCUAAAGUGCAUGCACCUCAUCUUCUACAGUGGGAGCAGCCUCUGAUACCAGCCCUUCCCAUGCGUAGGCGUCCUUCAGCAUUUUUAGUGCACUGCAAGUCACGUUUUCAUCACUGAGGUAUGGCCCUUGUCUCUUGGGAGUUUCAGAUGAGCCCACAGCUGCAAUAUCUGGAUCUCCUGUUCCUGAAGUACAGCCUGUUGCCUUCUCUCCCCUCUCCUCCAUUAUUUGCUCCAUCAUUCUCCACCUCUCCCUUCGAAUUGCCUCUCCCUUCUGCCCCCUUAGGCAGGAGGAGAAGGUCAUGCUGGAAUAGCAGUGCUGGGCUCUUCUGCAGGACUCUGGCCCUGUCCUCCUCCUGGACUUACUCACUUCCUUAUUCUUAGGAAAUCAAACUUAAACCAGAUUUCUGUUGUGGUGGGAGGAAGGGGCUUUACAGAUGAAAUGCAUUCUUUUUGUUUCCCUUUCUCAAGAAUUGUUUAAACAUUUUUUGAUUUAAGGCCAAAACAGUCAAUGUUUCUGUCUAAUUUGUCUGGCUAACCCUGUGUUUAUUAUCCUUAGGGAGCUAGAGUGCUUGUCAUUAAAAAUCUUCCUUCUUGUCCCUGGAGGGGAUGGGAACUAGCAAGCUGACUUUUGCACAGUGAUUUCCCAAGGUGGUGGCUUGCCCUCUGUCCAGCCUUGCCUGUGCUGCUGUGCUGGGAUGGGGGGACAGCCACCCUCCCAGACAACCUCCACAAGAGGGAACCUAAAAGCAUGUGGGUGUGUGGGGUGGUGAGAGAGGCAGAGGAGGCAGGUUUUGUAUCAGAUCCUCCUUUCCCAAUGCUGAACUCUGAGGUGAGCGUUGAGGCUCCUGGAUCUUGUCUGAACCAGGUCCUGGGGUUUGAGAAGGGAAGGACUAAAAAACCCCGUCCUGCCCCUGGGCUGGAACUGGGAUCAGACCACCGGAGCCCGACGUCUGUUGGUUGUUGCAGCCAUGAGCAGCGAAGCCACGUGCCUGCUGCCUCUCUGGGAGCGAAGCUGUCCGGUGGAGGGAGGGAAAGCAUUGCCAGCCUUUCCCUGCAGCCCUCUUCAGCUCUGUGCUGUUUCUUCCCCAAAACCUUUCCACCUUCAAAUUAAUUGGUGCAAAGGAGGGCCAGGGAGUAGGUGAAGCAGUGUGUGGCAUCCCCAAGCCUUGCUCUUCUCUUUCUGUCUGCCCAUCUCUGUUCUUGCCUUUCUUUGUGCUUCCCACCUAAAAAAGGGAUUGUGUGCCCAUGCAUGGCUUUGGAGUGGGGAACUCAUCUUCCUCCUUCACCCCAAGUGAAGGGAAGGACAUGGGCUUUGGUGGAACUGCAGCAGGUGAGCUUGCUAAAGCAGAGGGAACAGGGCAGGUCGGACGUCUUUGCCCCUCUGGAGGACUGGGGGUAAUGCCGUACCCAAGUGACAGACAGAAAAGAUGGGGUGGUUUUGUGCCUGUGUGGUUGGUAUGAAGGACGACACGCUCAAGUCCACUCUUGCUGUUGCUUUCUCUGAUCCCUGUGUCCUGCUGAGGUGUUUGCUGUCAUGCAGCUCAGGCCAGCCUGCUCUUCCUGUCUCUGUGGCAGGUAAAUGAAGGGACCUUGUGGCCUCCAGGUAAUGUACGAGUCGGGAUGGAGGGAGAGUGUCAGAGCAGAAUGGGUAUUUGUUCCCCUCCGCCCCCCUUGGUGUAUCCUUGUGGGAUGGUAGUGUCUUUUCCCCUCCCAAACAUCCCUGGGGCUCUGUCCCUGUCUCCCAGCUUCUGCCAGCAAUCUCCGCGGCUGCUGUGCCUCUGCACUGUGAAGACACGUGUCCGGGGUCACUCCUGGUCCGAUUAGUGAACACUGGUGGUGAAGAGGGAAGGGACGGCUCAUCCUGUCUUCACUGACCUCAAACCUUGGUGAUAAAAGAGGGGAGUGAGUAGGAGAAUGGAUCCUGAAUCCCUCCAUUGUUGUGUUCUCCCCACCUCCCAAAAAAACUCCCUUCUGAUUUCUGAGAUGUUGGACAAACUAGCUCUUGCUAUGGAAAGAGAGGGGGAGCUGGAGG